UAGGGCCGGUUUCACCAUCGACAAAUAGCGGUCUAUUCAAUGAAUAAAGUUAUUCGACCAAUAAAAUUGACAUAUCUCCGUUUCACCAACGUCAAAUAAGACUUAUUCUAUGAAUAAACUCCAAAUAAGUUAUUAGUCCAAUAUCGGGCAGAUAAAUAUUUAUUCUUAGAAUAAGUUGACAGCUAACCUCACUUUAAAUAUCAAUAAUAAAGAAAAUUCAUUAGUUUAACUUGAAUUUAUCUACAAUGUUUUAUAACAGAUUAUUAUCUUCAUCAGCAUCCUCUGAUGAAGACAGAAAUGAGCAGCGAGAGAGAAGGAGAAGACCACGUUUGUUGCUGCAGAGAAGAAACCCCUUUGGUGAAUUUGAUGAUGUGGACUUCAAAACUAGAUUUAGAUUAUCUAAAGAUUCAGUAGAUCAAUUAUUACAUUUGAUAGGUAAUCAAUUGCAUCCUCUAAGCAACAGAAACAGACCAAUAGAUGUGCGAAAUCAAGUGUUAAUUGCUCUUCGUUUUUAUGCUACAGGAUCAUUUCAGAUAUGUACUGGUGAUCACUUUAAUGUUUCAAAGGCAACAGUCUGCCGUAUUGUGAGAAAAGUAUCCCAUUACAUAGCUCUAUUACGUCCUCAGUUUUUACAAAUGCCACAAAACCGUAAUGAAUUAAAUAAGGUGCAAAAUGAUUUUUAUCACAUUUUAAGAUUUCCGAGGGUCCUUGGAGCGAUAGAUUGCACGCAUAUAAAAAUUCAAGCCCCUGGAGGAGAGCAUGGUGAGUUGUUUAGAAACAGAAAAGGAUGGUUUUCGAUAAAUGUUCAAGCAACAUGCAAUGCACAAUUGAAAUUUAUUGAUAUAGUUGCUCGGUGGCCUGGAAGCGUACAUGACUCAACAAUUUUUAAUGAUUCUCUCUUACGGGCCAGACUGGAAAAUAAUGAAUUCCCUGACUGCUAUUUAUUAGGUGAUAGUGGAUAUGCUUGUAAGAAGUAUUUAUUAACACCACUGCUGAAUCCACAAACACGUUCAGAACAGGCAUACAACAGGGCUCACAUACGAACUCGGAAUGUUAUAGAGAGAGCAUUUGGAGUUUGGAAGAGACGUUUUCCAUGUCUUUCAGUGGGUAUGCGCAUCAAGGAGCAGACGACGUUAGCUGUAAUAGUUGCAACUGCUGUCUUACAUAAUAUGGCAAUUGGAAUAGGUGACGAAGUACCGAAUGAAGAAAUACCAAUUGCGUUAGAACAACCAGAACUUCAACUUCAAGAAUUGCCAAAUACUCACAAUGCUGUAAGAACAGCUUUAAUUAAUACAGUGUUUUAGAUAUUAUAGUUUGUCUUUGGCUUUGUGGACUUCCCUGAUCAAGAUCGUUUACUAACAAUCUGCCCAGUAGGUUGUCCUGCUACUGUUGUAAAUGAACAUUUCUCUUUUUGUAGGUAAAAACAAGUUAACCCAAUACAUAACUCUCAUAAUGUAUUUUUAGAUUUUUUAUUAUUUUGUAAUCAUCUUUUCAUUUCUUCAUUCACCUCUUUUUUAGAUUGAAAAUAAGUUAACCCUAUAUUAUGUUUUCUUCUGUUUCUCAAAGUUGAAAGGAUAACUUAACCUACGGCCCUGAAAGAUCCCUUCUCAUUUCCUCAUAAAUUAUGUUUUUACUUUCAGUAAACCAAUUUGCAUGUUGUUUAAUCCAUCACAGUGUAUUCACUUGCAGUCGGAAAAAUGAAAGAAUACCCAUGAACGAUCACAUAAAUCACUCAUUUUGUAUUUGAGGUCUUUUUCUAUAAGUAUCAAACGUUUGUUGUAGAAAAAGACAGCAAAUACAAAAUAAGUGGUUGAUGUGAUCGUUCAUGGGUAUUCUUUCAUUUUUCCGACUGUAUAUUAUGAUAUACGUUGUUGCUGCUUAUAUUUUUGAUCGUUGUUAGACAUAGUGUAGGAUGUUCACAUUUAUAUUUAAAAUUUAACUGCAAAAAGAAUACCCAUGAACAAACAUAUAAAACACGCUGUAUUUUCCUGUCACCGUGUCAUAAAGAAAAUUGUCCAGUGCAAGUACAUGUAACAAUAAUUAUUACAGGUACUUGUGCUGGCCAAUUUUUUGUGUGACACGGUGACAGGAAAAUACAGCGUGUUUUUAUAUAUUUUAUACAAUUUAUACUAAUACUUAUGCAUAGGGAUUAGCCUGUAUAAAGAAUAUUAAAACACAUUUUCCAAGGUAUGAAGCAUAAUAUUUAUUAAUUCCAAUUUGGAUUCCAAUUCGGAUCUUUUGAUUUCAGUUCUAUUUCUUUUAAUUUUAAUUCAA